GCCCCCUCCCCCUCCUCCGCGGGCUCCCGAUCUGAUUCGUGAUCCCUGAUUCCUUGAUCCUUGGUCCCGCCAUGGGAGCUUGAGCGCCCCCCAUUCCCCUCUGGCCCCCUGCCCCCGGGGCCCUGAGGGGGAAGGCAGCGGUCUGGGACGGAAAGGGGGUGACCGGACUCAGGAGCCCCCCUCUACACCCCCCCAACGUCCGCGCUGCCCGUCUACGAGCGCGGAGUUCGGAGCGACCCGAACGCUGCGGAUACAAAGGCGCCGGGCCGAGCGGGGCGCCGGCCGAGCCCACCCGGCAGUUCGCAGCGGCGGGAGCGCCGCUUGAUUUUCUCUGAGACAAGCCCACCUGUCCAGCAAGAUAGAGUCCCUCAGGGUGACGGUUGACUUCCUGAAGGUGCCCCUUGGCCUGAAGAAGCCGGUCCUGAAGGAGGUGGCAGGGGCGCCCCCCAGAAGGCCCCCGCCUGUGGCCCUGGAGCGCUACAAGGCGCGGCGUUCGGACGCCAUGGACACCGAGUCCCAGUACUCGGGCUACUCCUACAAGUCUGGCCACUCCCGCAGCUCCCGCAAGCACAGGGACCGCCGGGACCGACACCGCUCUAAGAGCCGCGACGGGAGCCGGGCGGACAAGUCGGUGACCAUCCAGGCUCCGGGGGAGCCCCUGCUGGACAAUGAGUCCACGAGAGGGGAUGAGCGGGACGACAACUGGGGGGAGACGACCACGGUGGUGACGGGCACCUCGGAGCACAGCAUCUCCCACGAUGACCUCACGCGCAUCGCCAAGGACAUGGAAGACAGCGUCCCACUGGACUGCUCCCGGCACCUGGGUGUGGCGGCGGGGGCUACGCUGGCCCUGCUCUCCUUCCUCACGCCUCUGGCUUUCCUGCUGCUGCCCCCACUGCUGUGGCGGGAGGAGCUGGAGCCGUGCGGGACGGCCUGCGAAGGCCUCUUCAUCUCCGUGGCCUUCAAGCUGCUCAUCCUGCUGCUGGGCAGCUGGGCCCUGUUCUUCCGCCGGCCCAAGGCCUCUCUGCCCCGCGUCUUCGUGCUGCGCGCCCUGCUCAUGGUGCUCGUCUUCCUGCUCGUCGUGUCCUACUGGCUCUUCUACGGUGUCCGCAUCCUGGACGCCCGCGAGCGCAGCUACCAGGGCGUGGUGCAGUUUGCCGUGUCCCUGGUGGACGCGCUGCUCUUUGUGCACUAUCUGGCCGUGGUCCUGCUGGAGCUGCGCCAGCUGCAGCCGCAGUUCACGCUCAAGGUCGUGCGCUCCACGGACGGGGCCAGCCGCUUCUACAACGUGGGCCACCUCAGCAUCCAGCGUGUGGCAGUGUGGAUCCUGGAGAAGUAUUACCAUGACUUCCCUGUCUACAACCCUGCCCUCCUCAACCUGCCCAAGUCCGUCCUGGCCAAGAAAGUGUCUGGCUUCAAGGUGUAUUCCCUCGGAGAGGAAAACAGUACCAACAACUCCACGGGUCAGUCCCGAGCUGUGAUCGCAGCGGCGGCCCGCCGGCGGGACAACAGCCACAACGAGUACUACUACGAGGAGGCCGAGCACGAGAGGAGGGUGCGCAAGCGCAGGGCCAGGCUUGUGGUGGCAGUGGAGGAGGCCUUCACUCACAUUAAGCGGCUGCAGGAAGAGGAGCAGAAGAACCCCAGGGAGGUGAUGGACCCCCGGGAGGCAGCCCAGGCCAUCUUCGCAUCCAUGGCCCGGGCCAUGCAGAAGUACCUUCGCACCACCAAGCAGCAGCCUUACCACACCAUGGAGAGCAUCCUACAGCACCUUGAGUUCUGCAUCACGCACGACAUGACGCCCAAGGCCUUCCUGGAGCGGUACCUGGCGGCUGGACCCACCAUCCAGUAUCACAAGGAACGCUGGCUGGCCAAACAGUGGACACUUGUGAGCGAGGAGCCGGUAACCAACGGGCUCAAGGAUGGCAUUGUUUUCCUCUUGAAACGCCAGGACUUCAGCCUGGUGGUCAGCACCAAGAAGGUCCCAUUCUUCAAACUCUCCGAGGAAUUUGUGGACCCCAAGUCGCACAAGUUUGUCAUGAGGCUGCAGUCUGAGACCUCAGUGUGACUGCGCAACAGCAGGGGGACUGGGAGACGCGGGGGGCUCCUGAGGGCGGCAGUGGGGGCUUGGUUCUCAGGCCCUGCCACGUUCCUGCCGCCCUUCUUCCUCUUGCUCUAGCCGUUUUUUUUACUUGAAUUACCCCCCUCCCCCACCUGGCUCCUCCCCAUUCCUUGUUUACCCCGUGUGAACCUGGAGAGACAUCUUGCUGUCAACAGUACCUGGGAAGCUCCCCCUCCCUUCUCCCGCCCCCUCGGUUUCGUAUCAUCCCUGGCCCUGCAGGAAUCAGUGCCUCUCUCCCUCUCCUUUCCCCACCAACAGUCUCUUCUGGAAGGGCCUGGCCGAGCCCCACUUGAACCCAGGUUCUUAUAGCAGUUCUCUCCAGUGGUUUCCCCAAAGGAUUUCUCUGGGGGGCGGGGGGCGCAGAUCUGACUCCAGAGAGCCACAGUGCCAAACCCCCCCCGGGCAGUGCUGCCCGCAGCCUCCUGGUGGCAGAUGGACCUGCUCCCCCGUUCACUCACCCCACCUGAGCAAACCCGGAAUACUUAAGCAGGGAUCCCCCCGUGUCCUCCCACACAACCCGAGUUGGAGCCUCCCCACCCAGGGUUGUUUGCUUCUAGCUCUUCGAACCUCUUCCCCAUCCACAUAUUCAGAGCAGGGGAAGUUCAUGGGCCCUGGGGGGCAAGUACCUUUCUUCCACGGGGUCUUUCCUAGGCAGCCCCUUGGGGAAGGUCGGGAGAGAGCCCCGUGAACAUCGCUGACCACUACCCUCUGAACUGCCCACACCUUUGCUCCCACCAUGCUGGGGUGGGUCUCCCCCUUCCUGGUGAAGGAUGCCACGUAGACUUCUGUAGAGAAUUAGUGGCUUGGCUGGACCCUGACCCACCCCAGUGGUCUCAGACAAAUGUUUUUCUUUUCUUCACCAGCCACCCCCCAUUUUGCUGUCUCUUCUCUUGGCUCCAGAGACCUGUUGCCUCAUCUCUUUUUGGGGGGGUAGCCAGCAGCUCCUCCUCAUCCCCUGCCUUAAGUCCACUUCUUUGCCUCAGGGGUCUCUUCUCCUUGGCUGGCCAGGGUCUCCCCAGUUCCCUCUCUGCCUGGUUUUCUGGGCUCUGGUCUCCCUCUGUAAUGGGAUGAGGGACCAAGAUUGCUGCCUUUGUUGGGUACUUAGCCCCUCACCCCAUUUAGCUUCCGUAGUCUUUGCACCCAAUCUGAAUUCUUGAGAGUUUCACUCUCAUUUUGAGCAAAAGUUGCUGGCCUUCUAAUACUUAAUUUCCCUGUAAAUCUGAGCCUUGAAAUCAGACAUCCCUAAAUUAUGUAGUUUUAGCCAAGGGGAAUAGAACUAAGGAGUACUUACAUACCUCCAGCCAGCACCCAGGUUGGGGAGUGUCCUCGUGGCCCGGCUGGAGUAGUCCCCUGGGCCAGUCCUCAGAAUAACUCACAAUGCCCCUUUGUAGGCCCAUCUCUCCCCUGGAAAACUCAUUGGUUCUUGCCUUGCAGGAGGCACCCUGAGAUAAGAUCCCCAUUGAUCUCUUACCAGGGAGGCUUCCUGUCUGUAUUGGCGACUCUGGGCAUGAUGGAGCCUGGGGAUUGUUUGUCCUGCCGUCCUUUUUGAAAAAGCACAUCUGUCCACACACCGCUUCCUCGAGAAGCACUUCAGCCAGUGCUUACCUUGUCUGCACACGGGUGGGUUACACGGCUGACUUAAGCAGGGCCUGGAGGGCAGCCUUGGGCUGGGGCUGUGGGUUUGAAGAUAAGCCCGAGUGAUACACAUCCUGUCCUGGGGGUCCUGGGAAGGUUUUUUUUUUUUUCUUCUCUUCAAAGACCUGGUUUCAGAGGAAUCCCUUCUGGAUCACAUUUCUAAAUACCUCACUAUCCUGGAAAACGGGGCCUGGAUGGUGACUGGGGUUACUGCCGUUGUGGGCAGGAGUGGGAUGUGGUGUGGUUUGGGGAAGAGUUGGGUGGGGAGAAGGGAAAGUAUCUGUGAUCAUAGUUGCUGCCCUAGAUGAGGGGUGGGGGAGUGUUUAUUUUAAGAACCUGCCAUGUGUUUUAAUCACUGUGAUUUUUUCAUUCCUUUUAACUAAAACAAAAAGACAUUUCCCCCCACCUCGACUCUCUAAGCACUAAGGGCUGUAACUGAGACUGGUCGUGUUUUGGUCCUUUGCAUCAGAACUGUGGUAUCUUCGUCUUCUUUGAUUACUGUUACUGUUAUUUUUUAAAAUGUCAGGAUGAACUGUCACGUGUGUGGCUGUGUUUGUCUUUUGCUUCUCCUGUGUGGGAAGUUGUCUGCAUACUGUGAACUGAGGUGGGGUCUGUAGCUGCCUCGGUCCCUCUGACCAGCGUCCCCCACUCUGUCCCAUCACAGGCUGGACUUUCUCACCCUUCCCUCGUGGGGGCGUGCCCACCCAUCACCACCCCACCCCGCACACCAUCAUCAAGGAUGCUAUGGCUGCGUCUCUCCAGUGCUCCUCUGUGACCCCAUGGCAUCCUAGCUCAUCCCCGCCACACCUCCCAGGCCUUCGUUUUUACCACCGGGGAAGGCCGGUCCUCCUUCCCUCCACACCACGAUGCUGUGCCUCGGUCCUUCACCUACCUCGCCACUCUGCCGCUGUCCCCAUCGGCCCCGGUCUCUUACACUACUCUGCGUGCUCUCUAUUUCUGAUCUUGUUCAUUUCCCUUUUGCCUCUCCUUUUUUCUCCCCCCCCACCCCCAUUUCAGCCCUCUCCUUUUCACUUCCCCCUCCCCAUCUCAGUCCUGUUGCCAACCCUGUUGCAAUACCUGUGAUGAGACAUUGGGUUCCCUUCUCGUCUGAAACAGCUGUUUCCCAGAGUUGAAGCCUCCCUCCUUCUCUUCUGGGCCUGGAUGAGCUCCCUUUGGCCCUCUGUGGUGUCUGUCUGUCUUCUCUUUCCUCUGCCUUCCCCACGGGGCAGCAUCUGCUGAUGGAGUUGGUCCCGGUGUGUGAGUGUUGUGAUUUGUUCUUUUGUGUGUGCAAGGAAGGGGACUUUUUGAGUUCCUUCCAAGUGAGAUUGUAAAUGUAGAAUUUUCCACUGUUGGAUCUAGAUUUUUUUCCCCCCUUUUUUUGGGUUACAGAGCUGAGACCUUGUGCAUGCAUGUAGAAAGUUGUAAAAUGUAAAUUUUUUUUUUUUUUUAAUAUAUAAAAAGCUUGUUUUUACAGUUUGCAGUGGAUCUAAACAUUAUGGCAAUUUUAGGGAUUUUUUUUUUUUCUUAAACAUAGGAAUUAAAACUGUACAAAAUUUUUUUUAUAUAUAUAAAAUAAAGACAUUUGACUUUU